GAGAUGUCGCAGAAGAAGAUAUUCCUGGUCUUUGUUGCCAUCAGUACUGUCAGUCUUCUGCUGCACAAUCGGGGCCACUUGAGCUGGACCAUGGACUCUUUCCACCUCGGUUGUCCUGGCCUCCGUUCCCACCCUGCCCCAGGCUUGAAACCUAAACACACCAAUGUGGCCUUCCUCAAGACCCACAAAACGGCCAGCACCACCAUGCAGAACCUGCUCUUCCGCUUUGCAGAGCGCAACAACCUGACGGUGGCAUUGCCUGUGCAGGCCUGCAGCCACCAGUUCUGCUACCCACGCUCCUUCACCUCUCACUUUGUCCAUCCACACACGCUGCCGCCAAACAUCAUCACCAGCCACAUGCGCUUUAACAAGGCGGAGCUGCAACGCCUGAUGCCGAACGACACAACAUAUGUCACAAUACUGAGAGAGCCUGGCUCCAUGUUUGAAUCCUUGUUCAGUUACUACAACCAGUAUUGUCAGAGCUUCAAGAGGGUCCCCAAUGGUUCCCUGGAGGCUUUCUUAGAGGAGCCCUGGCGCUACUACCGGCCAGAUGAAAAGGACUCCAUGUAUGCACACAACACCUUGACCUUUGACUUGGGCGGAGACAAAGAUCGCCCAGCAACAGAUGUGGUGUAUGCACGGACCUUUGUGGCAGAGGUGGAGCGAGUUUUCUCCCUGGUGAUGAUUGCUGAGUACUUUGAUGAGUCGCUGGUUCUCCUUCGCCAUCUCCUCUCCUGGGAUCUGGAUGACAUUCUGUAUGUUAAGCUCAACAUGCGGACCCUGAGCUCAAAGCGGAGCCUGACACCAGGCCUUCCUGCAAAGAUCCGUGCCUGGAAUUCCUUGGAUGCACGUCUCUAUGACCACUUCAAUGCUUCACUGUGGCGUCAGCUGUCAGCAUUGGGUCCAGCCUGUGUGGCAAGGGAGGUCCGACUCCUUCGACGAGCCCAGGAGAGACUGAUGAGAAGCUGUUUCGGUGGGCGGAUGCCGCUUCUCCGCUCAGCAGCACAGAUCAAAAACAAGGAUCUCCGCCCCUGGCAGCCUAGUGGAAAAGUUGACAUUGUGGGCUACGACCUACCAGUAAAUCUCAGCCGUGGGUUCUCAAGCCAGGCCCAGGAGCUCUGCCUCAAGCUAAUCAUGCCUGAAGUUCAGUACACACGGGUUCUCCUACGUUCCCAAUCACUGCGCUACCGUCGAGGCUACCAGCUCCGUCCUCCACAGCAGUCAUAUCCCAUCCAGCAGCCCAUACGCACAGUCCUGCCACGGCAUCCUCAAGUGAACCGCAGUCAACAGCCUCCUGCAGCCCCAGGCCCUGCCUCAGGAACAGGGUCCACCUCCACCUCAAAGCCAGCUGCAGGAAAUCAAGGUUGGACCACAAACUUCAGGCCUAAAUCCUCACAGAGCCAGGCUUUAUAGACUGGAAAAUAGAGACUUGAAUAUAAUGUGAGUGCCCAACAGACUGCAUUAUUCUACCCAUCCUAAUCCAUGAGACAAUGAUUGGCUGGUGGGGGAUUUCGGAAACACAGGUGUCUUUGGGAAAAGUCUGGGUUGUUCUUGAAAGAUUGUCUGUCUUGUCCCUUCAAGACAGAAUUUGGGAUAAAAAUAAAUGAGUAAAACGUAUGGAAAGGGGAUUGGACAUAACUGGACUUGAACUUGAAUCUCUCCCCUCUCUGUCUGUGAAACAGAAUCAGGGUUAGCACACACAAGGGCGGGAGAAAUCCACACUGGGACUCGCCUCAGUUGCACACCUCUUCAUGUCUGAUGAGGGCAGAGGGGAGAGGGUUUUAGGUUAAAGUGGUUCUUUGAAACAAAUCUGUUAUGUGCAACCAGGACUCAAUAGGGAAGUGGCGAUAUCAGGCCUAUUGUAAGGCACAGAGUUGGCUUUGUGUGAAUCACACUGGUAUAGUAUCAUGUAACUUGCUUUCAUUCUCUGUUUCUCGAACUCUCUUUCGCUCUUUCUCCCUUACACAUGCCACUUAAAGUCCUUGAGAGUGACAAAAUGACAUAAAGGGAUCAUCUGUCAGGUCUGCAAAGAGCCUCCUAUGAGGCCAGACAGACAUUGAGAUCACCUCCAAUCAUUAUUACAACAGCACAAUAAACAACUCUUCUUCUUCUC